UCCACAUAGUUGAAAAUACCCUGAUACAUGCUGGCACUGGAGACAGAAAACAAUUCACAGUUCUCUUGCAGUGCUUAUUGUUUCAGCAGCAAAACCCUGAAGACCCUGAGGACCUCCCUGCAGACACUGGUAAAGUACAUCCCCAAAUAAGAAAGGUGUGGAGACUCUUGCUAGUCUGCUCAGUUUUACAGAGGCUGUUCAACAUAUUUUGAGUCUUCAGUCAUCCUGUACAUAGAGAGAUUGGGACUGCAGCCUGAGCAAUGUUCUCGUCUUCACAUCCAUACAAAAAACAGAGGUACUCUGUCCUGAAGCAGCAAUGCAUAGAGAGCAAAAAGCUCUUUGAAGAUCCAGAAUUCCCGACCACCAAUGAGUCUGUGUUCUACAAGAAACCCCCACCUGGAAUUGUUGAAUGGAAGAGGCCCAAGGAAAUUUGUGAUGAUCCUCACCUCUUUGUGGAGGGGAUUAGCUCUCAUGACUUAAACCAAGGGACACUUGGUAACUGCUGGUUUGUAGCAGCGUGCUCCUGCCUGGCACUCAGACCUAGGUUCUGGCAAAAGGUAAUUCCAGACUGGAAGGAACAGGAAUGGGACCCGAAGCAUCCUGAGAAUUAUGCCGGGAUAUUUCACUUCCAGUUCUGGAUCUUUGGCGAGUGGAUUGAUGUCGUCAUCGAUGACCGUCUGCCAACCAUAAAUGGCCAACUCAUUUACUGCCACUCCAAAGCACGCAAUGAGUUCUGGAGCGCCCUGCUUGAGAAAGCCUAUGCAAAGCUGUCUGGUUGUUACGAGUCUCUGGAUGGAGGGAAUACUGCAGAUGCAGUGGUGGAUUUCACAGGUGCAGUCACAGAGUCCAUUGACCUGGUAGCUGGGAAAUAUGCCUCUGAAAUCUCAGAACAACUGAAGCUCUUCGAAGAUUUGCUGAAAGUUCACGAGAGGGAAGGCCUCAUUAGUUGUUCCAUUAAGGCCACUUCAUCUUUGGAGAUGGAGGCCCGGAUGAGCUGUGGAUUAGUGAAGGGUCACGCCUACUCAGUGACAGGGGUGAGGAAAGUUCGGCUUGGUCAUGGGUUGAUGACCUUCUUCAGAGCUGAAAAGAUCUUCAUGAUUCGAAUGAGGAACCCAUGGGGUAAGACAGAAUGGAAUGGCACUUGGAGUGACAGCUCUAAAGAGUGGGAGAAAGUAGGCAGCAGUGAAAGGGAAGCAAUGGGAAUUACAGUUGAGGAUGAUGGGGAAUUUUGGAUGUCAUUUGAUGACUGGUGUAAGUAUUUCACUGACGUGGAUGUGUGUCGCAUUAUAAACACCUCCCUUCUGAGCAUUCAUAAAACUUGGCAUGAAGCAAUAUUUAAAGGGAGCUGGGCCAAAAAUGCUGAUCCCCUCCUCAACCGCAGUGGAGGAUGCAUGAACCACAGGGAAACAUUCCUGCAAAACCCACAGUAUGUGUUCGACAUUUCAAAGUCAGAGGAUGAAGUUUUGAUUUCCCUUCAGCAGCGGGACAUGAAAAUGCACAGAAGAAUUGGUCAAGGGGAGAACUUUACUAUUGGGUUUGUCAUUUUCAAGGUGGAACUGAAUAGGAAGUAUCGCAUGCAUAAAAUCAUCACACAGCAGGUCGUUGCUACUUCAACUUACAUCAACGCCCGGACCGUUUUUAUGAGGAAAAAUCUUCCUCAAGGCCGUUAUAUCAUUAUACCAACAACAUUUACAUCAGGAAUUCUGGGAGACUUCAUGCUAAGAAUCUACACAGAUGUAGAUUCCGGAUGCAGCGAGCUGGUGCUGGAUAAGCCAAAUGUGAAGUGCUGGAGUUCAUUCUUAGGCUAUCCACAGCUAGUCACUCAGAUACACAUCCAUAAUGCAGAAGGACUGCAGAACCAAGACAGCUCGGGGGGAGCUGACCCAUAUUUAAUCAUCUACUGUGAGAGAAAGAAGAUUCAGUCUACUAUCCAGAAUAACACCCGGGAACCUGUGUUUGAAACUCAAGCUAUCUUUUACAGAAAGAAUCCUAGAAAGCCUAUCACUGUUCAGAUUUGGAACAGCAAUGCAAUUCAAGACCAAUUCCUCGGACAGGUUGUCUUAACAGCCUCUCUGAAGGACCCCAGCCAACCUCAGAAGCUCCAACUAUGCAAAGCAGGACGUCAGAUGGCCGAAGAGAUGCCUGGGAAAAUAAAUCUAAGAGUAAUCACCACUAAAGAGCUGACAGAUGUGUGAGAGAAACAACGCAACUCCAACACCAUCUUAUCACUUCCUCCUGAAUCCAGGGAAGCACAUGAAUAUGUUAAUCGAUUUUUGAUAUCAACUGACUGAAAACCAGACGCAGUUCAUUAGAAAUGAAACUAAAGACCAAGAAAUACAUUGGACAGCACAAUAAAGUACUUGAGGAGUUUAUAGUAUUUUGAAGAGUUUGUUUGCACAUUUUGCAAGUUUUUUAUCCAUACUUUAUAAAAAGGAUUUGAUAUUUGAGCUACUGUACUUAUUGAUCUAUAACCAACUCUUGUCUGUGGGUUCCUCUACCUACCUUUUUAUGUGUCACUGAAGCAGUCCCACUCAUAUUCAUCAGCCUUCACUCUGUAUGUCAACAAUUAACACUUUUUUAAAAGGCAAGAACGUGUAUUCAAUUACUUAGUAUCCUUUAUGGAAAUUUAAUAUCCACACUACUGCUGCAUUUAUGUAACAAAUUUUGUCCAAACAUAUAUAUAACACUAUCCAUAUCUUGUGCUUCUAACUUAUUUAAAAAAAUCUUAAAUAUGCCUUUAUUUUGUAAUGAGUUCUGUUUUCCCUUUCAGACUCCUUCUGUAAAGCUCUAGGUUGUGGUGGCUUUAUUUUCUAUGUAAUUAGCAAAUAUAUGUAUUCUUCAAGGGUUUUAAAAUUAUUUUUUUAAUGCAAGUAAAUACUGUAUACAGUAUUAAGCACUGGGGUUGUUUUUAGCAUUUGAAACCAUUGCCAGCUUCAAAUCAAUAGCAGUUUGCAGCUUUUGCUGAAAUGCCUUUGUUCUAGAUAAAUCAUCAGAGAAAGAUAAAAUGACCUCAUCCUGACAGAAAGGAAGACCUCAUCUUCAAAAUAAUAUUUUUUGGUUUCUAUAACCAAAUAUACAAAGAUGCAAAUACGCCUGAAAAACUACAAUGCAAAUAGGCUGCCUGAUAGCACCUUUAACAGGCUAAAGAGCACCCCUUAAGGAGCUAAACCAAUAAAUUUGCCAUCACCAACAAAUACAGUAUGUCAUCAUGCAGUCCAAACCUAUUUUCCUCCUAGGAUUUACAGAAUUUUACCUGAUUUCAAAUUCUACUUCCAUGUUCAGUCCUUGAACAUUCAGCAAGGUUAAUCAUACAUGAAAUAUAUGGGUAGAACUGUUAGGACUCGGAAAUAUCUAAUUAAACUAGUUAUCAACCUUA